AUGGGAAAUAUUGCGGAUACGCUUACGGAGGCGGGACAUAAUGUGACAUUCUUGGUGCCUGUUGCAGAUGUUACUAGGAGACAUGAGGUUGGCGUGAAGCUGACAAAAAAUGUGAUGAUUGUGGAUAGACCAAAUUACAACCCUGACGAAGCUUUCAACAUUGAUAUGGAUGAAGUACUAAGACCACUAUGGACUAUUCAGAAUAGACCAAGUGAUUUCGCGACGUGUUUCACAUUUUUCUUGGAAAUGAUGAGGACAAAUUGUGAUGAUUUCACAUCGAACAAGAAAGUGUUCGAGGAACUUUCGAAAACUAAAUUUGAUGUUGCUAUCGCUGAACCAGUAUCGAUUUGUGGACUUGGCUAUUUCAACGCUCUGGACAUCCACAAAACCAUUCUCGCCUCUUCAACCACCCACUACGAAGGAGUCGUCCGGAAUUCCGGGGAGCCAAUCGAUAUGAGUUAUGUGCCAGUUCACGGAGCAUAUUUCGACGAGAAAAUGAGCAUUUUCGAGCGGUACACAAAUUGGGCAGCCGAACACGUGAUGGCUGGAAAUUUGGAGAAAAUGUUCGACGAGGAAAUGGAAAAAUACCGUAAGAAUCUGGGAGUGGGCGUGGCCGAUUGGCGGGUGUUGAUACCCGAGGCAUCUGUGUUCUUUACUAAUGCCAAUCAAUAUAUCGAUUUUCCACGUCCUGUGAUUCAGAAGACUGUAGGAAUUGGAGGGAUUACGGUGGAUAUGGAGAAGAUAAAAUUGGAAAAGUUACCAGAAGAAAUUGAAAAAAUAUUGGAUAAGAGAGAUCAUAAUAUGCUGAUUUCCUUCGGGUCAAUGGUCAAAUCAACUACGAUGCCGGAAAUUUGGAGAAACUCAAUCCUGUCUGCCAUCAAAAAAUUCCCAAAUAUCACUUUCAUCUGGAAGUAUGAAUCUGACGAUCUCAAAUGGGCAGAAGGCACUGAAAACCUUUAUUUCCUGAAAUGGGUCCCCCAGACCGCCCUUCUCGCAGACACCCGAUUAUCCGGAUUUUUGACUCAUGGAGGUCUCGGAUCCACCAAUGAGUUGGCCUACUUGGGAAAACCUGCAAUAAUUGUUCCAAUAUUCGGAGAUCAGGGAAGAAAUGGACCAAUGUUGGCGAGACAUGGAGGCGCGAUUGUGUUGAAUAAGAUGGAUUUGGAGAAUUCGGAAGUUAUUGCGGAUUUGAUGAGGAAAAUUGUUUUUGAUAGGAGCUACGCUCAAAAAGCCGCCGACCUCGCAAAUCUCCUUAAUUCAAGUCCAUUUUCUCCUAAAGAAUUAGUUAUCAAGCACACUGAAUUCGUCGGAAAAUUCGGACCACUGACACAAAUGGAUCCAUAUAUUCGGAAAUUGAAUUGGUUCCAGAGAACAUUUGCAGAUGUUUAUAUUCUCAUGUUUGUGUUUUAUUCGGUUGUACUAAUUGUUCCAUUUUUAGUAGUCCACAAGAUUUAUCGAUUGAUUUUUUGA